CUUUGAGUCAAAUAAAAAUAUUCUUCGCGAUAUACGCCGUCCCUGCACCACGUGACUUCCUUUCCGCUCUUAGCCGACAACAUGGACGCCAGCCGCGUGCAGCCGAUCAAGCUCGCUAGAGUCACCAAGGUGCUCGGCAGAACUGGUUCCCAGGGACAGUGUACACAGGUCCGUGUUGAAUUCAUGGACGACAGCAACCGUUCCAUCAUCAGGAACGUGAAGGGCCCAGUCAGAGAAGGAGAUGUGCUGACACUUCUUGAGUCUGAAAGAGAAGCCAGGAGGCUGCGAUAGUUUCUCCUGCAGCUGUGAGGUGCCAAUCGAGUGUCAUGGAGUAGAAGAAACAUCACAUUUACUCAAAAUGGCAGGCCUCAAUCUUAUUCUGGUUGUUUUGGAAUAAAUGUGGUUAUUAAGAUAAAA